AAGUCGAAGUCAUUCUCUUGACGAACCUUUAGUACGAGCACAGCUACAGCCAUCCAAGAGCCGGUACUGUCUCGUCUUGUUGUUUCUACUAGCAAAUCAAAAUCAAUAGCGAUUAUGGCCACACCCACAUCCUCGCCAUUGUCUCUGAUAGAAGGAGCUGCUCCAUCCGCAGUCCGUGGAGAUGAAGAGCAAGAGGGAGCUGCUCCAUCCGCAGUCCGUGGAGAUGAAGAGGGAGCCGGUGCUGGAUUGUCCCCCGACACAGCCAAAAAUCCUGCAGAGGAUGCUUCCUCAAAUGCCAUCGCUGGUGGCAACCCCGUUAUUUCGGCGGAUCCGGCCCCCGUCCUUGACUUGGGCACUCAGGACGAUAGUACCCUAACGCCGGCGGUGGAGCUCGCAGCCGCUGCAACGAGUACAACUACCAUGGUGGAGGGGAGCAAUUCAGUGCUUGGCGGAGAGCAAACCACCCCGCUGGGGAGUGAAGAUGCCCCGACCACCAUGGUCCCCCCCACUUCUACGAUGGCAGAUAUCGUCCGCCAGGAGCAGCAAAAAACCGCCCCCAGUGGUGUGAUUGUCACCCAAGCUCCGGCUAUGAGUGUUUCCUUCGACGCCUCGUCGCAACAGCAAAACCAGAACGCAUUCCAAGAUUAUACCAGCAGCGGAGAUCAUGUACCGCCGACCGCAGAGCAGCCGCCUUUGUCGAGCCAAAUUGGCGACAUUCGCAAGGACAUGGAAGCGUUGCAUGCGAAGCUGCUGGAGCAAGUGUCGCUUGGCGGGGUCCGAGGAACUUUGCCCGAGGUCGUAUCUUCACAGGGAGAAGCUGCGUCUACUCUUGCAGGAGGCACGUCGGCAGUGGGCAACUUCUAUCCCCUUCCCACGACAAACGAAAUGAAAAUGAACAUUGUCCGGAGUACCACCACCGCCCCGGGGACGGCCGAAAACGACAUCGCGACCCUGCUCCCAACGCCGAAUAGUGCUGCAUUCUCGACGACUGCUGUGUCCAGCAAUUAUCUGUUCGAAAAUUACGACGGCACUGGCCGCACGCGGGAUCCACCGCGUCCGCGUAUCAAAUGCAAAAAUGUCUGGGUCUGGAAGAAUGCAAGUUUGUCAUGCUAGUAAGUUGGGCAUGACUCGAGAAUCUGUGUUGCAUAGGCACGAAAAAGCCCUCUUACCUGUCAUGCAAAAACGCAGUUUGCAAUGCGGAAUACGUAAGACUUGGCAGCCAAAAAAUUUGUCAUGCAUAGCUGCGUACUGCAGUGCAUCUAUCAUUCAUUUUUAGCAUUACAAGAUUCCAGACCCAGAGAUUUUUACACUUGAUACCGCGCCACUCUUUUUACCUACUCCCGGACGAACGUCCACUUCCCGGCGGAAGUGGUGGAUAUGCAUUGCAAAAUCACCGCGCUAGCAGUAAUUCAAGCAUCUUCACUAUUUCCUCCACAAUCAACAAGAAUGGAUUUUUUCGUGUUUGUCAUGCAAAUUGAAACAGGCGAAAGGAAACGUGCAUAUUGCACGCAUGCAUGGCUGCAAUUAGUGCAUGCGCGAUACUUCUACGCAGAAGAGUGGACAGGGCAGCGUGCAAGCGGCCCAGGCCAAGGCGUACCGGGAACGGGAGAUACGUGCGGCCGUGAAAACGCUGUUGCGUCUAAGAUAAUCGAAAUGCAAAUGAGGGGUAAUACACCAGACAAGAUAAUAAGUAAGUUUAAGUAAAUACAAACGGAGUAAGUAUUUCUCGAUCCGUGCUCUUCUUCAACACUCGAAAUCCAGAGAGCAGAAUAGCGAGCUCGCGCGUUUUUU